AUGCACUUCAGCAAGUCUCUCAUCAUCAUGGUGGCUGCCACCCUCGGCGCUAAUGGUGCUCCCUUUGGCGAGCAAAAUGGCCUGACCCAGCCCAACGCCCUGGCGGCCAGACAAGCUCCCGUUGCUCCUGCUGUCGCUCCUCCCAUGCCCAUGGCUGAGAACAAGGACAAGGGUGACAAGAAGGACGGCGAGAAGAAGGAGGGCAAGGACCGUGAUGGUGACCGCGAUGGCGACCGCAACGGUGACCGCAACGGAGAUCGCGAUGGUGACCGAGGCCGCGGAGGACGUGACGGCGAUCGCGACGGCGACCGUGACCGCGACUGCCGUGACGGCAUCGAGGGCCGCACCCGCAACGGCGAACGUUGCUGUGUCCGCACCGACGACCGCGGUAACAGCAACAACGGCGACCGCAACGGAGACAGGGAGUGCAUUCUUGAUGGUGGCCGUGGCGGCGGUCGUGGCGGCAACGGUGAUCGUGAUGGCGACCGAGGCCGCGGUGACCGUGACGGCGACAGGCGCCCUCCCCCUCCCGCCGGCCCGGCAUUCCCUGCUCCCUUCCCCGUUCCCGGCCAGGGUGGCGCUCCCGGCUUUGGUGCCCCUCCCCCUCCCGGCUUCGGCGACCGUGAUGGUACUCAGAAGACUGCUUAA